CUCCCCUUUCCCUCUCUGCCAUUCCCCCCAAUCACUCUCCGCACAAUGGUGGUUUAUUCCUUCUACAUUUUUGACCGUCAUGCCGAAUGCAUCUAUAAACGACGCUGGCUCCCGCGUCCCAGCUCCGUCGUGGCCAGCAAAUCCUCCCGUCCAACCUCCGAGGCCUCGGCGCCGGCUACCGCACCCCCCGCGAUAUUGGGCCAGUCGGCGCGCACCACCGACGACGAUGCGAAGCUGAUCUUCGGCACGGUGUUUUCUCUGCGAAACAUGGCCCGCAAACUAGGAGGCGAGGACGACAACUUCGUGACAUAUCGCACCAGUCAAUACCGGCUGCACUACUACGAGACCCCCACCAAUAUCAAGUUCGUCAUGCUCACCGAUAUCAAGAGCCCGAGCAUGCGCGUUGCCCUACAGCAGAUCUAUAUCAAUCUUUAUGUCGAAUAUGUGGUCAAGAACCCAUUGUCUCCAGCGGAACACCCAGGUGGGGUGGGGGUAAACAAUGAGCUCUUUGAGGAGUCCUUGGAGCAGUUCGUGACUCGGGUUUUGUCUUGACGCCUAUGUCCAUCCGCACGACGCCCUCAGUUCAUUUCGGUGGAAAUGCGCCACCCCAAAGCUCGCGCAGGGAAGCUAUGUGUAUAGAGCUUCAACCCAACAGAAGUCCCGGCGAGCUGAGACAGCUCCACGUCGCGUCCCUAGGUCGCCUCGUGCUAUCAUCCAGCACCGAGCUUGAAUACGGUCGAAAUGCAACAAGCACUGCCUAGUCAGAACUAUGCCCGAUACUGACGCCCUGCAGACAAUUUUCAUUCAAUGAAGACAGCCAUUUCCAAGGUGGCUCUGGAAUACUUACGCCUGUGAAGCUCAAAGUCCACACACGGCACCCAGGAGAAACGAUCAGACUGAGGAGAAGUCGAUGAGCGUUCUACGGGUGAGGAUAACGAUUUAUAUGAAUUAUGUCAAAAGCUGUACAUUUCAAAUUAUACUCGCC